AAAUUGGGCCAUGUCAUCUCUCAGCCUUCUCUCUGCUCUCAUCUCUCAUGUGAGCCUAUACGAAGUAGAAUAACGGUGCUGCCGGUGUGCGGCAAAUCGGGAAGUUACCUCCUUUCAUUCGCGUGAAUAUCAGUCAGUUCACUACGCGUCAGUUCGUUCUAAACUGCUCGGGUGUGUUUGGCAGUUCCGUGUUAACACGUCCAAGUUCUCGUGACUAAUUCGGUCCAAUAGUUUUCUUCUCUCCGCAAGUGCACACAAAGGUGAAGUCUGUCAAUGUUUUUUUCUGCCAAUCUGUGGAUUUAGAUGUGCCCGUAGACACGGAUUGUACCUUUGGAUCUAAUAUGACGAUGCGGUAGUGGAUAAAUUCAAGAGUUUUUUUUAUGAAUAUCGAAGAUAGAAUUUGGAGAAGAGAGAUAGAUAUUUUGCGUGGAAUAAAAGGAAGGAAAGAGAGAGAGAAAGAAAUCUAGAUGCCAGGUUAAAUCAGAACAAAGAAGAAAAGAGAAAAAAACGGGAGAAAGAGAAUUGUCGAAAAGAAGCAAGAACGACGGAACGAAAGAAAGGGAUGGGCGCUGGGAUGGGUAGGAGCGGCACGAGUGGCGGUCUACUUGAGGCACUUCCUACGGGAACUCCGCUUCACGUGGCUAUGCUAGGUCUUGAUAGUGCCGGGAAGACAACCGCUCUGUAUAGACUCAAAUUUGAUCAGUAUCUCAAUACUGUACCGACCAUUGGCUUCAACUGCGAGAGAAUUCGCGGCGGCAUUGGGAAAGCUAAAGGUGUUAAUUUUCUUGUAUGGGACGUCGGUGGACAAGAAAAGCUACGGCCAUUGUGGAAAUCUUACACAAGAUGUACCGAUGGUAUCAUUUUUGUUGUUGAUUCCUGCGACACUGAGCGUCUCGAAGAAGCAAAAAUGGAGCUUACUAGGACGGCAAGAAGUCCGGAUAAUGCGGGUGUGCCGAUUCUAAUUCUUGCCAAUAAACAAGAUUUACCUGGUGCAAAAGAAGUUGGAGAAUUGGAAAAGCAUUUGGGAAUAUUGGAACUAGCCGGAAUGCCGGGCAGCGCUUGUAUUCGUGUGCAACCGGCGUGCGCUAUUACAGGCGAAGGACUUCACGAAGGCUUAGACAUGCUGUACCAACUGAUCUUGAAACGACGUAAGCUGGCUAAACUAAAUCGGAAACGGGCCAGGUAGGCCAGGGCUUCGGAAGACUGCACAUGCGUCUUCUGAUAUUGUCGAUCACGGACAGCCUCCCCUUUGGCGAUGCUUUCCACAACUUCUACCUUAUCCUCUCUUUCCAAUGUGAUAAGGAUGUAGUACAUUGACAUGAAAGAAAUGAAUAAUGACCACGAAAGGUUGCGAUCCCUUGGACUGUCAUUCUCUGUGAGAUGAUGUUACAAUUACUGGAGCUUGCAUCGAUUUUUAGAUGUGUGUGUGUGUGUGUGUGUGUGUGUGUGUGUGUGUGUGUGUGUGUGUGUGUGUGUGUGUGUGUGUGUGUGUGUGUGUGUGUGUCUGUGUGUGUGUGUGUGAUUGUAUAUAUAAAUAUAUGCAUAUGGAUAUGACAAAAAAUAUUGUAGAAAAGUGGAGUUAUGAUUGUUAGGUUGUUGUAUACAAAAUUUUUUACUAAAAAUUGAGAUUAUUGAUCUAAGAUCAUUCCAUUUAAAUUAAAAUGUGUCAAUCAGUAUAUUAUCCUCUGUAAUUGUUUUCUUUAUGAUUAAUUGAAAAUAAGAAGAAUAUAAAUAGUGUUUAAAACAUUUACAAUUUUUUUUAUUAUCAAAGAAUAUUGAUUUAUCAUAUUGAUCGAAUUCACAAAUAAAUUUACAAGUUUGUGAAAUAAAUUAGACAUAAUGUUGUAUAUUUUUUAGUAUUAGUUUUCUGCUGAGUUAGAUUUAUUUUGUAUGCAACAAUGUAACGUUUAAAAUGAUCUUAAAUAUAAAUGUGUGAUGAUGCUAGUCGACUGACAAUGAGAAAAAUUUAUUGUUGCAACAAAGAAAAAGUCGAUGCGAAAAUGAUAUAAAUGUAAGUAAAUAAUUGUAAAUAAAUUGAGAAAGUUGUAAUUUCAUGCUGCUAUAAAUUUUAAACGCAGAAAUAUAUUAACACGAGCAACGAAAUUGAUCAACGUGAAAAAAAUUUGUGACAAUAUAAAUUGUCACAAAAUACUUAGCAAAAUCAGAUAUUAUUAUUGCGAAAAUUAAUUACUGCCGUAUUUUUUAAAUACAAAGUAACACAGCAAUGUAUUCCUUUUAUACACACAAGUAAUCAGAUGCUGUAAUUUUAUAAAAUUAUAUCUUUAUUAUCUUAUAAGUUUAUAUUUUUUUCUAAUAAAUUUUUCUUCAUUUAUUAGAUACAUUAGAUAUUGGACGAAAUUUAUUAUUAAAGAAAUGUAUUUGUUAGAAAGUCCAACACGAUGUAGUUUUAUUAAAUUUGUUUUAAUUAAUAAAAUUAUUUUGUUAAAAAACAUUAAUAAAUCAAUAUACUCUGCCAGCAUACAUGGGCUGCGUUUCGAAAUUUACUGCCAGUACUAAAAAUCUAUAGUAUACGUAUAUUAACGAUAGAUUUUCAGUACUAAUAGUGAAUUUCGGAAUACAUUCAUGGUAAGCACCAUACGUAAAUAGAAAGUACUAUACGUGGCAAGCACGUUACUAUGACAUGCUAAUUUGUUGUACAUUACUUCAAUAAUGCCUAGACUUGUAUUUUUACUAUCGGUUAUCUUAUCUAUACGGAAUUUGUUAUAAUUAUGGACGACAGAAUUGUCUUGUAUUGCGCUAGUGCAAUAAGUUAGAAUGAGACUAAAUAUAUUUGUCUUAUUCUAACUUAUUGUACCAGUGCAGCAGUGCAGAAAUAAAAAACAAACCUCAUGAAUAACAGUGUACGUUACGUAAUAGUGACAUAUCAACUGGUUUGAAACGUGAAGCUGGUCACACACACUUUUCGUAAAACGUGACAGUAAGGUUUCGACCAAUCACGUACUCGAUUCAAUUGAUUACAGUUACGAUCGCUCAAUCCACUGUGUGUCCUCCUUUAAAUUAAAAUAUUUUUUAUGUGUUUAUAAUACGAUUUAUGUUAUCAUAUAAAUUAUUCAAUUUUUAUAUUUUCCUCGUAUAUAUUUACAUUUUUGUGUUAUUUUCUCAAUAAUUAUUAUCUCGUUAUUAUUCUCGAAAAAAUGUAUCUUUUUUUAGCUUUCUAUUUACCUUCGUAAUUCGCUAUUCGUACUUCAUAAUUCGUGGAGAUUCGUUCGAUGUUUGGGGAGAUUUGUCAUUUGCUACAUCAUUGUAUCUCACUUCAGUUUCACAAUUACUGUUAGUCACAAUGUAUUCCUAGUUGUGCUAUACUUUUUAUCAAAAUUGGUGACUAAUUUCCAUUCAAUUGUAACGAGGUCGGAUACGUAAGUCUGCUCGGAUAAUGACUCGGUUUAUAAAUUAUAAGAUUACGGCAUAGAAAAAAA